CGAGGAAAGGAGGCGGGAGGAGGAGGAGGCUUCCUCCUCCUCCCUCCCUUCUUUCUCCGUGCCGCCUGCCGCCCGCCCCAAAGCGACAGGCGGAUGCGAGUGCGGAGGCCAGCCACGCAAGGGUGCUCGUCUACACCGCGGACCCGCGCUGCCUGCCCGGUGCCGCCGGGAUCGUGGCGCUGUGCGGGCUGCAGGACGACGCCGCCCGCCCAUCGCUGGGGGAGCUGACCGGCGCGCUCGGCGCCGCCGCCGCGCUGUUCGAAGGCCCCCCUGCGGCCCCCGUCGUGCGGGCCCUGGAGGCGCUGGCCGGGCGUCGCGGCGGUGCGGAGGCGCUGCCCGAGGCGCUGCCCGAGGCGCUGCCCGAGGCGCUGCCCGAGGCGCUGCCCGAGGCGGCGCUGCCCGAGGUCCUGCCCGAAGCGCUGCCUGGCGGCCUUCUGCCUGACCCUGCAGGGGCCGUUGUCGCCGAGGCCGCCGCCGAAGCCGCGGCCGAGGCUGCCGCCGAGGCGGGCCCGCCGGAGCCGCUGGCAGCCCCCGCCGGCGCGCAGGCCUUGCCGCGUUGCGCGCCUGGCGCCGCGGAGGCGGUGGCCCCGGAGGCGAGCACGCCGGAGAUUGGCCUUCCUGGCAGUGCCCCGUCGCGGCCCUCCUGGUCGUUUUCCUGUCGCAAGUGCAGCAGGGUCCUCUUUCACGACGUCAACGUGCUGCCCCACUUCACGGAUGGCGUCGUGAAGGCCUCCAGGAACUGGACGCUGGAUGAGAACGCUGACGGUGCCUCGGAGUCCUGCACCUCCGUCUUCGUGGAGCCCAUGCAGUGGAUGGGCUCCCUGGACUCGCAGACGGGCCGCCUCGUGUGCGGGAACCCCGCCUGCAAGCAGAAGCUGGGGGCCUACAGCUGGCACGGGCUGCCCUGCUCCUGCGGCCAGUGGCAGAGCCCAGGCCUAGCACGCCUGGGUCGAGGACCCAGACAUCGGGCGUCUCGAAAAAAUCGAGGCAGACGUUUUUCGUCGUUUUCGC